AUGAACCGAUGCCCACCUUGCGCCUUUGCGCACCGUGGGGAGGCCAAAUAUGAGUAUAUUCCGCUAAGCACACUGACUGCCUUGACGCUUCCAGUUGAGGGAUCCAUGUCCAGGUCGGCCAACCUGUCAGUGAAUGGCGGCCAAUUCGACACCCGGACAGGCCAAUUCAGGCGCAGCACAGCCCAAUUCCGAGGCUCCACAGCGCAAUUCGAAUACCUCCGGCGGGUCCGCCAGAACAAUUCCAGACCUCGGCAGACCAAUUCUUUUGUCAGGAAUAAAAUCCAGGCUAAUUCUGCGACAGAGCUCUUCCCUAAUUCCAGCCCGAAUCCUACCCUCCUGGUGUACGCAGAAGUACCACCGCUGCAAACCGCGACCCGCAACGGACCUAGGCUGGAUACCGGAUGA